CAAUGUAUCGCGAGUAAACUUACAAAAUUCUCCUCCUCCCGACUCGCGGUUGUUUCUUAAAUAAGGCUUUAGCCGGCCUUGUGCUUGUCCCGUUUAUCGAAACUUUUCCCUGGUCAAGCUUUGUCUAUUCAUUUCUAAACCACUUCAAAAACGCGCUUCGCUCAACUCUCAACCGCUUACUUCCUGGUCUUCGUCUCCAAAACUUCUAACUCAAAGCUCCUUUUCUCCCUCUCUGUCGCCGGCAAGUCGUUUUCGCAGAUCCUUCCCUCUCCCGAACGGUGCCGUUUCUCUGCUAAGCUGUCAGAUCCAGGCGAUCUGAAUCUGACUUGUGCGAUUACCGGCACCGAUCUCCAAUUUUGUUUUUCUUUUUCUGUCUUUUCCAUAUAUGGAGAAUUUGAUUUCUUUGGUUAAUAAAAUACAGAGAGCUUGUACGGCUCUCGGUGAUCACGGUGAAGCAAGCGCAUUGCCUACGCUCUGGGACUCCUUGCCUGCUAUUGCUGUCGUCGGUGGCCAGAGUUCAGGGAAGUCCUCAGUGUUGGAAAGCAUUGUAGGGAAGGACUUUUUACCGCGUGGAUCUGGGAUUGUUACUCGGCGUCCUCUUGUGUUGCAGCUUCAUAAGAGUGAUGAAGGUAGCAGAGACUAUGCAGAGUUCCUUCACCUCCCGAGGAAAAGGUUCACUGAUUUUGCUGCUGUGCGGAAGGAGAUCCAAGAUGAGACUGAUCGAGAGACUGGACGCACAAAACAAAUCUCUAGUGUUCCAAUUCAUCUGAGUAUAUACUCUCCUAAUGUUGUCAACUUGACAUUGAUUGAUCUUCCUGGGCUUACAAAAGUAGCUGUUGAGGGUCAACCAGAUAGUAUUGUGCAGGAUAUUGAAAAUAUGGUUCGCUCCUACAUUGAGAAGCCCAACUGUAUAAUUCUAGCAAUUUCACCUGCCAAUCAAGAUCUUGCAACAUCUGAUGCAAUUAAAAUCUCUCGUGAGGUGGACCCUACAGGAGAGAGAACUCUUGGGGUCUUGACAAAGAUUGAUCUUAUGGAUAAGGGUACUGAUGCAGUUGAUAUAUUGGAAGGAAAAGCUUAUCGGCUAAAAUUUCCUUGGGUUGGUGUCGUGAACCGGUCACAAGCUGAUAUUAACAAGAAUGUAGAUAUGAUUGCUGCUCGGCGAAGAGAACGUGAGUAUUUUGCAAACUCCCCAGAAUAUAAGCACCUUGCUCAUAGAAUGGGCUCUGAGCAUCUAGCAAAGGUGCUAUCUAAGCAUUUGGAAACUGUAAUCAAGUCUAGAAUCCCAGGCAUCCAGUCCCUUAUCAACAAAACAAUUGCUGAACUGGAAUCUGAAUUGAGUCGUCUUGGAAAGCCCAUUGCUGCUGAUGCUGGAGGAAAAUUGUACACAAUCAUGGAGAUAUGUCGUCUUUUUGAUCAAAUAUACAAAGAGCAUCUUGAUGGCGUGCGAGCUGGUGGUGAAAAAAUCUACAAUGUUUUUGAUAACCAGCUUCCUGCUGCUCUAAAAAGGUUGCAGUUUGACAAGCAACUUUCAAUGGAAAACAUUCGGAAACUGAUCACAGAAGCUGAUGGAUAUCAACCUCAUUUGAUAGCUCCUGAACAAGGAUACCGACGCCUCAUUGAAUCUUCUUUAGUUACCAUUAGAGGUCCAGCUGAGGCAUCAGUUGAUGCGGUUCAUGCUAUAUUGAAAGAGCUGGUUCACAAGGCUAUCAGUGAGACUCCAGAGUUAAAGCAAUAUCCUGCGCUCAGAGUAGAGGUUGGAAAUGCUGCUAUUGAGUCACUUGACAAGAUGAAGGAGGAAAGCCGGAAAGCUACACUUAAGCUAGUUGAUAUGGAGUGCAGCUACCUGACAGUUGAUUUCUUCAGGAAGCUUCCUCAAGAUGUUGAUAAGGGUGGCAAUCCCACACAUUCAAUAUUUGAUAGAUACAAUGAUUCAUAUCUUAGACGAAUUGGAACAACUGUUUUGUCCUAUGUCAAUAUGGUCUGUGCAAGUCUUCGUAAUUCCAUUCCCAAAUCCAUUGUUUAUUGUCAAGUGCGCGAGGCCAAACGAAGCCUGCUCGAUCAUUUCUUCACCGAAUUGGGUAAAAUGGAGCAAAAGUAUUUAUCAUCAUUGUUGAAUGAGGAUCCAGCAAUCAUGGAGCGGCGAGCUGCCCUUGCAAAGAGGCUGGAGUUAUACAGGAGUGCUCAAGCAGAAAUCGAUACAGUUGCUUGGUCUAAGUAGAUAUGCUGCAGUUAAACUCUAAUUCUGUUUGAGGAAUUUGGCUUGAUGGCUGUGUUAUUCUUUCAUUUAUUACUUGUAUUGGGGAAGUAAUACAAGGGUAGUACGAAAUACAAAUUUUCUAAUUUUCCUUGCUUUUGCAUCUGCAUGGUCGAUCUUGUAAUAUUAGGACAUUCAUACAGACCUGUGCAUAGGGGUUGUUUUGAAGAGUUUUUGCUUCAGGCUAGUUGUAUAAUCCAAAACAACACGAAUGAUGUGUUCUAUUCGGACAUUCAUACAGACCUGUGCAUGGGGGUUGUU